GCACUCAAGAAAUGAAGACAGUUAAGCAUUGUAGAGGCAAACCAUACGGAGUUUACUCCUCUUUGGUUCCAGGACAACCUGAAAUUCCCUGUCAAUGCCCAUUUGAGAAGCAGCAAAAAACACCAGGAGGGUUGGCCUUCUGGAAUCCGUAUGAAACAACAUUUGAGCGUGCAUUUCCUUUUCGACCAGGUUCCGCAGCUCACAAUUUGCGCCCUAGUUCUUCUAAUGGAUAUACUUACCCAUAUCAUCUUGGUGAGCCUAUUGGUAACACCUUGUACAAUAUUGACUACUGUUGGAAACCGUAUUCCAAACAAAAGGCUAUACGAUCAGGAUCAUCAUCAGGAUUCCGAAGGAAUAAUCCACAUCCGAGUCAGGCUUUUUUGAUUUGGAGACUGGCUCCCAAGGAAAGACAGAUUCCUUACACAAGCCAAAGCGACUAUGGCGUGAGGCCCCGCUCUCAAGAAGAUAUCUGUAGAACAAUAUCUGCUCAAUAUCGUUCAAUCUAUCAGCAAGAUUACCUGGGAAUGCCACAAGGUUUCCAGAUGAAAUAUGCAAUGCCUCGUCCCUCAAACAUUAAAUUAGAAAAUCCAUGCCCUCCACUUAUAGAUCCUGAAUGUCGGCGUAAACCAAAGGAAAGCUCUGACCACACAGUGUGCUCCUCUCGAUACUCCAGUAAUAAAAGAUGGGACAUCCCUGCUCAAGGAAUAGUGCCCACUGUGACCCCAAAACACAUCGAUAAUCAGAAGAACAGCAAGCUUCUGACUACAUACAGCACCGAGUUUGGGAAGGAUCACGUGGAUCUUUCUGCAAUUAUAAAAUCCCUGAAACCUAGAGAAAUAGAUAACUACCUGAACACUCUUCCUGAGAAAGAUCAAAACGUGUUGCUGCCGUUUCUUAAAGCCAUGAACUUGGGACAUUGCAAAAAUAACAACCAGAGAACUCAACCAAACGUCCUUCCAGCCAAUACAACCGACAGAGAGCGAUUAUCCAACCGAUCCAAAACAAACUAGAGGGACACUGGAAAAAGAUGAUCCACUAGGAGUGAUAGAGCUAAAACAACAAAAACGUCACCAAGUGGUCACACAAAGAGCUGUAAUGUCAUUUAUUGGGAAAAGAAAAUGUGUGUGUUUGUGUGAGUGUGAGUGUGACAACAAAGUAAAAAUAGAAGCAGGCUGUGACGAUCAAUUGAGAGUUGUGUUUUUGCAACACAAAGAUU